AUGCUAUACACGAGCCUCGAUGGUGUCUGUCAGUCGUGCCCUGUGCUUGGGGGAUCUCGAGAACAGCAGGCAGGCGGACACAUCGCAGCCUUGCCUUGCACACCAUUUCUCCGUUCGCCAUGUCGCGCCUCCUCCCGCACCAUUAGGCGCGCUGGUCAUUCGCCACAUCUAUUCUGGGAUCCUUUCCACGCACCCAACAGUCUUCACAGUGCAUUUCCGCAGCACGGACCAUCUUGCUCACUGCCUGCACAGUUCCCUCUCUCUGCAGAUCCGGAACAAUGGGGCGCAAACGUCUCAGCAGAUACCAAGGAAGCCGACGACGACUUUCACCAACCAGACCCCGAUGACAGGCCCCGCCGAAUAAAUCGCGAUGGCCCCAUCUUCACAUGGCGCGGCUUCGUGAACGUCGGCUUCCUCGUCCUGGUUGUCGGUGCCUUGCUGACCCUCUUCGCUGGAUACCCGAUCAUUACCUACUACCGCGAAAACCACAUGGGCACCCUCGGCGGGUUCAAUCUCGGCGGAACGAACGCAUCUGGACAGGUGCCCAUGAUCCCCGGCAACCACGGGCUCAUCGACGAGGACACGCCCAAGAGCGCGUACCACACGACGUCGCGGUACGACGGCACGACGAGCAUGUCGCUCGUGUUCUCGGACGAGUUCAACAUGCCCGGGCGCACGUUCUGGCCGGGCGACGACCCGUUCUGGGAAGCGGUGAACCUGCACUACUGGGAGACAAACAACCUCGAGUGGUACCACCCGAACGCGAUCGAGACCGCGGACGGGAGCCUGGUCAUCACGCUUUCGGAGAAGCAGAUCAACAACCUGAACUACCAGGGCGGGAUGAUGAGCACGUGGAACAAGUUCUGCUUCACGGGCGGGUACGUGGAGGCGAACGUGAGCCUGCCGGGCCUGAGCAACGUCGUCGGGCUCUGGCCUGCGAUCUGGACGAUGGGCAACCUCGGCAGGGCGGGGUACGGCGCGAGUCUCGAGGGCUUGUGGCCGUAUUCGUACGACGCCUGCGACGUCGGCACGGUCGCGAACCAAACUGUCAACGGCAAGCCCAUCGCGGCGACGGAGAACGGCGACGCGGCUUACGGCGGCGCGUUGUCGUACUUGCCUGGGCAGCGCCUAUCGAGAUGUACGUGCCCCGGUGAGAGCCACCCGGGCCCGAAGCAUAGCGACGGGACAUUCGUGGGGCGGGCAGCGCCUGAGAUCGAUAUGCUGGAGGCGCAGGUCGGGGGCACGCCACCCGUAGGGCAAGUCAGUCAGAGCGCACAGUGGGCUCCGUUUAAUGAGGCGUACGAGUGGUUCAACACGAGCACGAACGAGGUCAUCUACGACACGUCGCUCUCGUACCAGAACACGUACACGGGCGGCGUCCUCCAGCAGGCGACGAGUGUGGUGACGGAGACCGACCAGAACUGUUAUGAGGGCGAGACGGGGUGUUUCUCAGUCUACGGAGUGGAGUACAAGCCUGGGUUCGACAAUGCGUACGUGACGUGGAUAUCGGACAACAAGCAUGCUUGGACGCUCAACGUCGCUGGUCUCGCGGCGGACUCGAGGGUGGAAAUUUCGGCGCGGCCCGUUUCGCAGGAGCCCAUGUACGUGAUCAUGAACCUCGGGAUGUCGCACAACUUCGGCGACGUGGACCUCGCGGCGAUACCGUUCCCGGUGCACCUGCGGGUGGACUACAUCCGGGUGUACCAGCCGAGCGACUCGACGAACAUCGGGUGCGACCCGGAGGACUUCCCGACGGCGAAGUACAUCAGCGAAUACCCGGAGGCGUACAACAACCCGAACCUGACGACGUGGCAGGACGACUACGGGCACCCGUUCCCGAAGAACUCGUUCCUGGGCCAGUGUUGA